AUGCCGCGUUUAUAUCCAAAAUAUCUCUUUCUUAACUACAGAUCUCGUGGAGGCAGGUGGGGGCCACAUUGCUUAAAAAAGCGGCCUAAGGCCAGCUUUUUGAACUUCACCCACAAAUUCAUCGUUAUGGCUGAUACCGCUAAUGCUUCCACUGCUCCUGUUGACGCUGGCACCGUCCCCACGCCAGGUGACGAACAGCCAGGCCACAAGGUCUUCACUGGUAACCUAGCGUACACCACCACUGAAGAAGGUCUCAGGGCUUUCUUUAGUCCCGUAGCAGAUGACAUUCUUUCCGUGCAACUCAUCUACCGUGGAAGACGCCCUGCAGGCUAUGGCUUCGUUGCCUUCAACACUGCCGACGCUGCCUCUAAGGCCGCAGAGCUCCUCAACAAGAAAGAGCUCGACGGUCGUACCCUUAUAGUCGAAGUCGCGAAGCCUACGGACCAGAAGCAGAAAAAGGAGAAGCAUUCCCCAAAGAGACGUUCUAGCAAGAAAAUCAAGCCUGUCAAUGGUGAGGCCAACACGAACGGCGUCACUGAUGCCAAAGAGAGUACCGAAAACGCUGCAACCAACGAGACUCAAGAAGGUUCUCCCAAGCCCAAGAAGAAGCGCAACACGCGCAAGACCAAAAAGCCGAAGACUGCUGCUAAGGAAGGUGAUGCUACCACUGCACCUGUUGAUGGCACCGUCGAUGCACCCACCACGGCUGAGUCCAAACCGAAAAAGGCUAAGACUCCGAAGGCCCCCAAGGCUCCCAGGCCCCCAAGGCCAGUUCGCCCCGUCGGCGAGGCCCCUGAAGGUGAACCAUCCAAGACUAUGCUCUUCGUUGCCAACCUAGGCUUCUCCGUCGACGAUGCCGGCCUCUCCGAUCUCUUCACGUCCGCUGGUAUCACUGUUGUCACUGCCCGUGUCGUUCGUCGCCGCUGGGGUCAUCCCCGCCGCUCCAAGGGCUAUGGCUUCGUCGACGUUGGAUCUGAAGACGAGCAGAAGAAGGCACUCGAGCUCCUCCAAGGAAAGGAAGUUGGAGGUAGGGAAAUCGCAGUCAAGAUCGCCGUUAAUGCCCAAGAAAAGGAAGAAGAAGAGGUUGCCGCUGCCCAAGAUGUCCCGUCUUUGGUCGCCGCGGCUGCUUAA